GUGUGUGUGUGCGCGCGCGUGUGCGUGUGUGGAGGAGGAGAAGGCGGCGGCGGAGAGCCGGACGGGCAGAAGGCAGGCUGGGCCUGACGGCGGCAGAAGGAACCCGAGGAAGGAGAAGAUGGCGGAUGGCGACAGCGGGAGCGAGCGAGGGGGCAGCGGGAGCGGCAGUGGCGGCGGCGGCGGAGGAGGCGGCGGCGGCGGCGGCUUCCAGGGACACCGCGGCGGCGGGGGCGGCGGGGGCCCCGGCCCGGAGCAGGAGACGCAGGAGCUGGCCUCGAAGCGCCUGGACAUCCAGAACAAGCGCUUCUACCUGGACGUGAAGCAGAACGCCAAGGGCCGCUUCCUGAAGAUCGCGGAGGUGGGCGCGGGGGGCUCCAAGAGCCGCCUCACGCUCUCCAUGGCGGUGGCCGCCGAGUUCCGGGACUACCUGGGCGACUUCAUCGAGCACUACGCGCAGCUGGGGCCCAGCAGCCCCGAGCAGCUGGCGCAGGCCUCGCCCGGCGGGGAGGAGGGCGACGGCGGCGCGGGGCCCCGGCGGGCCCUCAAGAGCGAGUUCCUGGUGCGCGAGAACCGCAAGUACUACCUGGACCUGAAGGAGAACCAGCGCGGCCGCUUCCUGCGCAUCCGCCAGACCAUCAACCGCGGGCCGGGCGGCGGGGGCGGCGGCGGCGGAGGGCCGGGCUUCCCCGGGGGCCCGCCGGGCCUGCAGAGCGGCCAGACCAUCGCGCUGCCGGCGCAGGGCCUGAUCGAGUUCCGCGACGCGCUGGCCAAGCUGAUCGACGACUACGGCGCCGACGAGGACGAGCUGGGCGGCGGCGGCGGCGGGGGCCCCGGCGGCGGGGGCGGCCUGUACGGCGAGCUCCCCGAAGGCACCUCCAUCACGGUGGACUCGAAGCGCUUCUUCUUCGACGUGGGCUGCAACAAGUACGGCGUCUUCCUGCGCGUCAGCGAGGUGAAGCCUUCCUACCGCAACGCCAUCACGGUGCCCUACAAGGCCUGGGCCAAGUUCGGCGGCGCCUUCUGCCGCUACGCCGACGAGAUGCGAGACAUCCAGGAGCGCCAGCGGGACAAGCUGUACGACCGACGAGCCGGGCCGGCCGGGCCGGGGAGCGGCAGCGGAGCCGGCGACGAUUCCGACGGAGACGAUGUAGACGACGACUGAGCCUCUCCCCCCCUCCUCCUCCUCCCCGUCGCCCCCUUGCUUCUGACAACC